CCCGGCGCAGCCCCAGGCCGCCGAGGGACGGCGGGGCCGGCGCCAUGGCCGAGCGGGGCCGCCUCGGCCUGCCCGGCACGCCCGGAGCGCUCAACACCCCGGUGCCCAUGAACCUGUUCGCCACCUGGGAGGUGGACGGCUCCAGCCCCAGCUGCGUGCCCAGGUUGUGUAGCCUGACCCUGAAGAAACUGGCCGUGCUCCGGGAGCUGGAGAAGGAGCUCCUGUCUGUGGUGAUCGCUGUCAAGAUGCAGGGUUCCAAGCGUGUCCUGAGAUCACAUGAGAUUGUGCUGCCUCCCAGUGGACAGGUGGAGACGGACCUGGCCCUGACCUUCUCUCUGCAGUACCCCCACUUCCUGAAGAGAGAAGGCAACAAGCUCCAGAUCAUGCUGCAGCGCAGGAAGCGGUACAAGAACCGAACCAUCCUGGGCUAUAAGACGUUGGCCGCGGGGUCCAUCAACAUGGCUGAGGUGAUGCAGCACCCCUCCGAGGGUGGCCAGGUGCUGAACCUCUGCAGCAGCAUCAAAGAGGCCUCUGUCAAGGUGGCUGAGAUCUGGAUCGUCUCCCUGUCCAGCCAGCCCAUUGACCAUGAGGAUAGUGCAAUGCAGGCUGGCCCCAAGGCCAAGUCCACAGAUAACUACUCUGAGGAGGAGUAUGAAAGCUUUUCCUCUGAGCAAGAAGCAAGCGAUGAUGCUGUCCAGGGGCAGGAUCUUGAUGAGGAUGACUUUGAUGUGGGAAAACCCAAGAAGCAGCGGCGCUCGAUAGUAAGAACGACGUCCAUGACCAGGCAGCAGAACUUCAAGCAGAAGGUGGUGGCUCUACUGCGCAGGUUUAAAGUGUCGGAGGAGGUCUUAGAUUCGGAGCAGGACCCUGCAGAACAUGUCCCUGAGGUGGAAGAGGACCUGGACCUUCUGUAUGACACGCUGGAUGUGGACAACCCCAGCGACAGUGGCCCUGACAUGGACGAUGAUGACAGCGUCCUUAGCACCCCCAAGCCCAAGCUUAGGCCGUACUUCGAAGGCCUGUCACACUCCAGCUCACAGACAGAGAUAGGGAGUAUCCACAGUGCCCGGAGCCACAGGGAGCCUUCAAGCCCGGCUGAUGUCCCUGAGAAGAUGAGGUCCCUGGGAGGACAGCAGCCAAGCGACAGCAUCUCUGACACGGUAGUCCUUGUUGGUGCAUAUGGCUCCUUUUCGGUCUAUCAGAGUUCGCCAGCCCCCCGGGAGCCAUCAGGGCAACCUGAGGACAGCCCAGAGGCUGAGACCUCUACCCUGGAUGUGUUCACUGAGAAGCUGCCACCCAGCGGAAGAAUCACCAAGACUGAGUCGCUUGUCAUCCCCUCCACCAGCAGGUCAGAGGCAAAGCCAGCCGGCCGCAGGGGCCGGAGCACAUCCCUGAAGGAGCGGCAGCCGGCUCGACCGCAGAACGAGCGAGCCAACAGCCUAGACAAUGAGCGCUGCCCAGACACGAGGAGCCAGCUGCAGAUCCCCAGGAAAACUGUGUAUGACCAACUGAACCACAUCCUUGUUUCUGAUGACCAACUCCCCGAGAACAUCAUUCUCGUCAACACCUCUGACUGGCAGGGACAGUUCCUCUCAGACGUCCUGCAGAAGCACACACUUCCUGUGGUGUGCACGUGUUCCGCUGCUGAUGUGCAGGCCGCCUUCAGCACCAUUGUCUCUCGGAUACAGCGAUACUGCAACUGCAAUUCUCAGCCGCCAACCCCUGUGAAGAUCGCGGUGGCGGGAGCACAGCAUUACCUCAGCGCCAUCCUGCGGCUCUUCGUGGAGCAGCUGUCUCACAAGACGCCUGACUGGCUCGGCUACAUGCGCUUCCUCAUCAUCCCGCUGGGCUCCCACCCUGUGGCCAGGUACCUGGGCUCUGUGGACUACCGCUACAACAACUUCUUCCAGGAUCUGGCCUGGAGAGACCUGUUCAACAAGCUGGAAGCCCAGAGCAAUGUGCAGGACACACCAGACAUCGUGUCACGCAUCACCCAGUACAUCUCAGGGGCCAACUGUGCUCACCAGCUCCCCAUCGCAGAGGCUAUGCUGACCUACAAGCAGAAGAGGAAAAAGCAUUUUCACUUUGACUUUACCCUGAGCCCUGAUGAAGAAUCCUCUCAGAGGUUCAUUCCCUUUGUUGGGGUCGUGAAGGUUGGAAUUGUGGAGCCGUCUUCAGCUACAUCAGGAGACUCUGAUGACGCAGCCCCCUCAGGCUCCAGCGUGCUGUCUUCUACCCCACCAUCUGUGUCUACAUCUCCUGCGGCCAAGGAGGCCUCACCGACCCCACCCUCCUCCCCUUCAGUGAGUGGAGGCCUGUCCUCCCCCAGCCAGGGCAUUGGCGCAGAGCUCAUGGGGCUGCAGGUGGACUACUGGACGGCGGCACAGCCUGCAGACAGGAAGAGAGAUGCCGAGAAGAAGGACCUGCCCACCACCAAAAACACGCUCAAGUGCACUUUCCGGUCCCUCCAGGUCAGCAGGCUGCCCAGCAGUGGAGAGGCUGCAGCCACACCCACCAUGUCCAUGACCGUGGUCACCAAGGAGAAGAACAAGAAGGUGAUGUUUUUGCCCAAGAAAACCAAGGAUAAGGAUGUGGAGUCUAAAAGCCAGUGCAUCGAAGGCAUCAGCCGACUGAUCUGCACAGCUAAGCACCAACAGAACAUGCUUCGGGUCCUCAUCGAUGGCGUGGAAUGCAGCGACGUCAAGUUCUUCCAGCUGGCUGCCCAGUGGUCUUCCCACGUGAAACACUUCCCUAUCUGCAUCUUUGGACACUCCAAGGCCACCUUCUAGUCCCACCCAUGGAAGGGCUGCCACAGGACAAUGGCUGCUCUGCAUCAGCCAUUGCUGGAGAGACAGAUGCGUUUCUGUUAACAGGUGGUUACUACAGAGACAGACUCUUAAAAACACAAAGAAGCGGUCUUAAGUGUGAAUGUGCUCAUAGCCCAGAAACUGUGGGGAAGCUAGCUCUCCACGGGCCACCGAGUAACUGCUCUGCUUAUUAACCAGAAUAUGUGGGCACUAGAAAGGCUAGUGAGGAGGGGGUGAACUGUGGUCUCAUGAACCCCAGAUCCACAAGCAAGAAGUGUUCUUGCCGUUGUGUCCUGUGCUUCCUGAAGUCAGGAUGCUGCUUUCUCGGGGAGUAGGAGAGGGAGUCUAGUGGCCAAAAGCUGGGGGUAAAGGGCAUGUUGGUCUCGUAGCAUGGGAUGUUGACCCCUGACACCCCAGGCGUGGAGCUUUUAUAGUAGCAGAUCUUUCUGAUGCUCUCAACUACAUUUGACGACGUAGCUGCCAAGCAGAUGUCGCUCCUGUGAAGUCCCCUUGGGUGGGGCAGAGCCAGCAAGAGCCACAUACCCACCCCUGCCCCUCAGGCUCCAGUCCCAGAGGCACUGCUAGGCUUCUGCGGAUCCUGCUGCUCAGACAGGUGGUCCUUGCAAAUUUUCCAGUGUCUGUCCUGGAAAUGGGAGACACUGCUGGGGUCCAUCCGAGGCCUGCUCUACCAUGCCCUUCCACCUCUGUUCUGCCUGCUGGACAGGAACGUCCAGGACUGGCUGUGUGGGGUCCGAGUUGAGAAUCAAGGUUGUGAACUGGAAACAGGCAACUAGAGGUGUGCGUGUGCACGAGUGAGUGUGUGUGUGCAUGUGUGUGCUCAGUAGAGCCAGUGAAGGCUCUAGCAGACUGGUCUAACUACAGACACUAUCCAAGGGACUAUCCAAGCCAAGCUCCUCAGGGCCACCUGGACCCCAUUCCUGGAGGCAGUUCCAUCCUCCACCAUCUCCCCACUCAGUGGGAGAGGGAUGUGGUAGCCUACAGCGAGAACCACCCUGACUGUAGUGCCCCCACCAGAGUCAUGAAGGGGUCACUGCCUCAGUCCUCAUUUUCUCAAGAAUCCUUUCUCCCAGGGGUGCCAAUUAGGAGAGUGCCUGCCCCCUUGGAAGCUGUGGCAUUUCCAGACACCCUGGUGGUCAAUUUGGGAGCUCUGUGUUUGGUGUCUUGACAUUGAGAACUUCCUAAGUGUAUGCUCAGAAAAUUGCCAAGAAUGGAGCAGGCUGAGUUUGAGGACUCCUCGCCCUUCCUGGGGUGAAAGAUGGUCACUGUGAUACUUGGAGCUUGAGAGCCUGGCUUACCUACCCCUUGAGUUUCUUCCCAAACCUUGGUAGGAAAGAUUUGCCCAGAAUUCUAGCCUUGAGGCCAUGGGGAAGGGGGCAGGUCAAACUCAUGCCUGAGGGCACCCCUUUCCAGAAGAACUUCCCUUGAUUGGUUCCAGAGGUCUGACUGUAUGUACAAGAGGAGGGUGUGGGCAGAGCCUCUGUCCAGCAGCUGGCCCAAGGCGAAGUCAGUAAAGUGUAGCACCUGAGCACCAUGCACCCACCACCAUAGCAGUGCCCCGUGCCUCAGUUUCCCCAUUGGUUAAAGAGAUGGUCCAUUUUCCUUGCCUACCUCAUGGAGCUGUGAUGAGGACUCAUAGAGAAGCACUUUUGUCCCUUUGAAGGAUGACUAGACAGACAGACGCCAAAGCCCCGACAGGCAGUGCAGUAGCGAGGACAGCAGUGUGUGCAUGCAUCCGGCCUUAGCCCCCUGAGGUUCCUCUGAGGCCUGGCUACACAGCCUGUGUGGAUGGGAAUUUCCACUCCUUCCUGUCAGUUGAGGGCGCUGCCUCUACCUUCAAGUUGGUCCCUGCCACCGCCCCCCACCCCCCAGUACGCAGCUCAGUAUCACUAUGGUGUCAGAGCUGGGAGGGGAGGGGUGGCCCUGGCUCCUGUGCAAUGGCUUGUCCUAGCCUCAUCCCGCGGGCCUCACUUCUGCCUCUGUCCUCCAUCUCAAAUGAAUCCUUAUACAGAUGUCCCGGUAUUUCUGCCCUGAGCCCUGCUGGACCCUCACUUGCUCCCCAAACCCCCACGCCCUCUGGAGACUGCUCUGUCCUGGGGAGGGGCCAGCGGAGGCUGACGACCUUGCGUGAGAAUGACUCCGUCCACUUCUGAAGACUCCAGCGCGCUGUGACUGAUUUCUAGGGUGUGUGUAUGUGUUGCUAGUUUGUUUUUUAAUGGAAAGCAGGAUUCAUGUAAAUAGCUUUUCCGGGAGCAGAUGCUGAUCUGUCCCAUGCGACCAUGUGGACGAUUUCAAGGUGCUGAAGCGACACUAAUAAACUGACGGCGCUCAGGCCGCCCACUGCUGUGA